CAUAAUAUUUCCCACAGUAUUGCCGGCCGAUGCGAAAUGUCUCGCUCCGGCGGAGCCUGCAUCUGGCUCCUCGUCAUCGUCCUCUUCGGUUUCGUCAUCUUAAUUCUUUGGCUAAUCCUCCGCCCCUCGGCCCCCUCCUACGCCAUCGUCGACCUCUCCAUCCCAAACUUGAAUGGCACCGAGAACACCACCAUCUUGUUCGGUCUCGAGGUCUCCAACCCCAACUUAGGUGGCGGAGUCUACUAUUCCGAUAUGAACGUCACAGUGUAUUUAUUCGAUGAGAAUGCCGGGUCGAUGACGAUGCCUUCUUUCUAUCAAGGUCAUCAGAAGACUACUUCGCUGAGGGGAAGAGUGGAUGCCGGCCGGAGGUUGAGCGAAGCAGUUGUGAGGGCCGUCGCCAAUGGGACGACGAAGUUGACGAUGGGGUUGGUGACGAGGGUGAGGUAUAAGACCUUAUGGUGGUGGAGUAAAGUUCAUGGGAUCGUCGAGCAAGCAAGGGUGCCGGUUGGAAAGGAUGGAAAGGUUGGUAGGGUGAAGAUGCAUCGGAUUAGCAGCAGGAAACCGAAGUCACGGACUCGCAGGAAACGGAAGUCACGGAUAUUGGGAGGAUAGGAAUAUAUAUAUACAUAGGCAUGAAACACCUCUUGUGUUCGUGUUCUAAUUAAUUAGUUUGUUGUCGCAUAUUGUUGAAGCUCUGGGUAUUGUUUGAUUGUGUAUUUGCUCAUACUUGUUUAGAUUUCAAUAUCCAUUUAGAAUUUGUUUGGUUUAUAGAUAGAAUUUUUUCUUACUAAGAAUAUUUUUUUUGAAAUGCUGAUGCUUAAUAAAUUAAUUUUUACAUA